GCUACCAAGAUGGAAAUGGUACAAAAGAUAGAAAGCUUAAGAAACCUCUUAAUAAAAACUAUGAAAAUUGGUGGUUAUCUUUACGGCGUUGAUAUCACUGAAGUCAGUGAUCUCACACGAGAACUAAACAGCAACCUCAACACCAUAAGAGACCAGUCCUUCACUGUGGACGAUAUUAAUCAAUACAGACACUCACUGUUGUUUGACAACCUCCGAGCAAUACUUUGUGUUGAUGGCGUCCAGGAAUUAAAAGAAACUUACAGUAAGAAAAUUUACGUCAAUCCUGUCUCAUUCCUAGAUGACAGUGAAUGUUUUCUCCAAGUAAAAGCAGUAUUCAUUUGCCUUCUCCUUAAACAUAACGAUAACAAGAGAUGCUCGAUAGUUAAGUACGAAGAUCUAUUGGAGUACAGUGACUCGACUGCUAAUGUGGCUCCAGUAGGCGAGGAGAUGCCUUCCAUGUUGCUUGUUGAAGGAUGUGUGGGUAGUGGCAAGACAACCUUACUUAAGCUUCUCAUCUCUGAGUGGGUCGCUUGCACCGGCUCCAUUAAGGGUCUUUCUGAGUACGACCUCAUCCUGCACUUGGAGUGCCGAGACUCCUUCACUGAUUCCCUCACAAAGCUGCUAGUGUCUGACAUGCCUGAGACAGUAUCAAAGGUUCGUAGAAAUGACUUACUUCAUAUUGCAUUGAGCCUCAAAAUUUUAGUCUUGAUAGAUGGGUUAGACGAACUCAAUAUGUCAUCAGAGAAUUUCCUUAGCGAAAUCCUCCAUAUCAUGACUUCUACAAAUAUAUCUUUAGUAUGUACAACGAGACCAGAGAAGAUCAAAGAUAUCCAAAAGAUGGCUUCGGGUAAAGUGAAAAUCGUACACUUAAAAAUACUUGGAAUUCCUCAUGAGAAGAGGGAGGAUUUUUUGGGAGUAUACCACGAGGAGCUGAAACAGAGAGGCCUGAGUCAGCAAGACACAAAGUCACUGAUACAGUACAUAAACCAAGCACCAACUCACGUGCAAGGUUUUCUCAGCAGUCCUCUGAACCUUGUGCUUCUAGUGUUUAUCUGGGCCAGAGCACACGAGAGGAUUAGUCGUGUAACUUCCAGCACAACGCUGUAUAUAGAGAUACACAAUCUUCUGAAGGAGAAGUUGUAUGAAAGACUGAAACACAACCCCGUAUCGCAACAUUUGACACUCACAGAGAUUGAAGAGAAGUGCCAACACUUCUUGAGUGCCAUAUAUCAAGAAGCACUAAAUUCCCUGAGUAGGGGCGAGGUUUAUCUGGAUUUGAAAAUUACUCGCAAACUAAAGGAUCUGUGUUCCAAGUUGGGUCUCCCUUCAGAGGAAUUAUUUUCAGCCUUUUUGACACUUAGGUCAAUCAAAACUCCAUCUGGGCUCGUGAGUGAGCUACAUUUUCCACAUAAAGGAAUUCAUGACUUUUAUGCAGCCAACUGGGUGGCAUCAUUGAUUACAGAAACUCCUUUCACAGGAGAUGAUGAAUUUAUGAAUGAACUUAACAUCUUUUUCCGUCAAAUGAAAGUACCAGAUUACCAUAGUCGCCAAGUAAAGUUGUUAUUAACUGAGCUAGGGAAGCCGCGUACCAUACGUAGUGUUCUUGAAGAACUUCACCAAGGUUGCAAAAAUACCUUGGAUAACAGCAAAUAUCGAAAUGUUCUCUAUAAUUUAGCUGGUCUUGUGAAAAUUCUAAUUCCUGACGGAAUGGAGAAGUACGCCAGGGAGAUCGUCGAGCUUCUGAAGGAGUCGGCAAACACGCCAUUUGAUUAUCUAGUAAAUAUGCUGAAGGAGGCUGACUUUGACAUAAAUCUGGCAAAAGAAAUCUCGAAAUAUGUUCCAAAGUUUUACUGGACUGUAACAGAUGAGCAUGUACAGGCAGCCACCAGACUUUUAUGCUAUGAUUGUCCCUACCAGCUAACCAUCGACAUCUCUGGUGACCCAAGCAAGGUGGUGGAGCUAGACAGCUUACUGGAGGUGGUGUCCGGCUGCAGCUGUUCAGUAACUCUGUACCUCCAUUAUCACUGGCGAUAUCCACGUUCUGGCCUCUCCGACACCUUCCUCCGCCACCUAAGGACAGAACUAUCUCUGGCAAGCACGUCACACAGUGAUGCUGGUGCAUCACGAGAUGACCUACACAUACCAGCACAUGAUGCCUCAGGUCAGGGGUCACAGGAUGACCUGCUUACACUAAGCUAUGAUCCCAUGGAUCAAGGGUCACGUGAUGACCUACACAUACCAGCCCAUGAUGCCUUAGGUCAGUGGUCACAUGACGACCUGCGCACACCACCCUCUCCUAUCAUAAGGUCGCAUGAUGACUCGCACACUCCUGAUGCUGCAGCGACUUCUGUCAAGUCAAAGACUGACCUAACAGCGUUGCAUACUCACUCCAGGGAUGACCUCUUCUCGGGUCAAAAGUCAGCCGUUGAUCAGCCACCCCAACGAGUAAGGAGCCGCUUGACGGAGUUGAUGGGUCACCUGGGGGCAUCAGCAGCAGCAGCAGGAGGAUUGCUUCCCAAGACGCUGAAGGAGCUUCGUCUUUCCCUUGCUGACGACCACCAGCUCUCCCGCUGGGGUCAGGUGAUGCCUUACUUGUGCUCCAGCCUCCCGCACCUCCUCCACAUCUGGGUCCAUGUGGUGGUGGGCGUGUCACCGAGGCUGCUGCCAAGGCUGCCACAUCUACGGUAUCGUCCACGCCUCUACCUGUCUGGCGUGGGUGACGCAGACGCCGAGUGGGCGUGUGACACUGCCCGCGCCCUCCUCCCACCACAGUCAAAGUUCGCCAGCAUCUGUUUACCCAGGAGCGAGAUGAGUGAGCAUGGGAUGACGAUGUUCAUACAAGGGCUGUAUCACCGCGGUGUUGGGGUGUAUGGAGGCAAGAGUGGAGGACUCUUGGUCGAGUCCCCAAACCUGAAGAAUUCUUUGCAGCUCAGCAGCUUCGUCUUGAAAAGGCUCAACUGUACCUUGUCCAAGGUAGACAAGGAAGAAAUAUGGUAUGAUGAAUCUGGCUACGAACGUUGCUAUGACUAUAGCAAUCUUCUGGUUAACAAACUGCUGGGCACGUUUGAGGACUCCUCACAGAAGAACCUUCAUGCAUUCAAAGAGCAGAUGUUUUUGGCAAACGACGUGGGAAAAAAGGCUCCUUCACCGGUAGAAGAUUUAUAUCUUACGGAUUUUGAAGUAUAUGAACAGCCACGUCGAAGUGGACAAGCCGCUUCUCCAAAAUCUGACGAUUUAUAUGAGUCUAUUCCAGAGCCAGGACAUCAAGAUCAGAGGGUAGAUGUAUAUUCCAAUCAUAAUGUUUUUGCUAGUGCGAUGAGAACACUACCAGCACAAAGGCCACCCAGACCUCUGCCGCGUCAAGCAAACUCGUCAUUAACAUAUAAAGAACAGAGUUUCAGUACAGACAGGUGUAAAAGAGCUGACUGUAAAAAGAGAUUAAGUCAUUCAUGUAGUAAAUCAGACCUUCCACCGAUGUCUUCCGUAAGAUUACAUCCAUGUUCUUUCCCAGUAUCAAUUAAUAUGAGUUUUAACUCUCAUGAUACUGGGAACUUUAAUCAUGGUCUCCGAUAUAAUUCUCAAGACAGAUGUUGUUAUAGUUGCAAGCCUCAGUGCCAUGGUCGUAUUCCUAAAUUCCAGUCUUCAAGACCAUAUAGAAAUGUUCAUGGACCUGACUGCCAUGGUCAUGCACCUAACUGUAAUCCUUCCAGACUUCAGUGGCAUACUCAUGCACCUAACUAAUGCUCAGACUUAACAAAAUUGUCAGUAACAUAUUGGGGACACUAGUUGUAAGCAAUUUUAUAAACGUAAUUUAGCUUUAGUUGUUUUACUCUGUCUUCAACAUUCAGCACAUCCAGUUGUAGUAAUUCAUUCUGGCCUACAUGCUCUCUUGGAGCAAGGUCCACAAUGAAUCUCAUCAUUAUGUUCUGGGUGAUUUAUAACUUAUCUUUUUUUUAAGGCAGAGUACCAUGAAGAGCAAGAGUAGUCUAUAAUACAUUGUAUGAGACCUGGACAUAGGGUCCUGCCAGCCUCGGUUGGUAGACACUGCGCUUGUCUGUAGAGGAACUUUAGUCUGGCAUUCACUUUCUUUACUACACUGUUUCCUAUUAGUUCUCCUGACAUCCAAGGAUCAAAGGGGAUCCCCAAAUAUUUCACUGAAUUUACUGUAAUAACAGGUUCCCCAGGUUUCCAGGUUACACUGGACAUUAAAGUUAUUUACCCUUUUCAAUUUGUUUCGUGCCAAAGAGUACGGUUUCCGUUUUCCCGAAGGGUAGUGAUAAUUUGUUGUCUACCAACCAGGACUCUAGUUCUAGUGAUAGUACAUUAGCAAUGUCUUGUGGGUCUUUACCUGAUACUAACAGAGCAUUAUCAACUGUGUACAGUAGUAGCUUGCAUUUGACACUCAUAGGCAUGUCAUCCACGUAACAGGAAGAGUAAAGGACCCAGAAUACUACCCUGGGAACCCCACAUGUUAUUGGCAGGGGUUCUGAUUCUAUGUUGCUGAUCUUGACAAUUUGUUUCCUGUUGCUCAGGUAAGACUUAAACCAUUCUACAGAACUUAUACUGAUAGCCUGUAGUUUCUUAUAAAAAAUAUGUACUGUGGUUGACCGUAUCGAAGGACUUUUGCAAGUCCUUCGACUUGAAAUUCCCUAGCUACAUUUCAGUUCUCAGGUAGUCCAUCAAAAUAAUGAGGGAGGUAUCGGUUUAAUUAGAUCUCCUAAAACCUGACUAGUAACUAUGGAGAAUGUUUUUUUUUUAAUUAAGAUACUUAACUACUUGACAGUAUACCUCCUUCUGCAGAAUUUUUAACAACACACUGAUCAGGUCUACCAUUUUUCUUGAAGACAGGAGUAACUCUGGCCUCCCUGAAUCCCUUCAGACAGUAUUCGUGGCUAUGGACAAAUUUAUUAUGUGCGCAAUGGGAAUUGGUAAUUCAGAGGCGCCAUCUUUUGGAACAAGACGGGAUGUUAUUGGGGCCGAUGCUCUUAGCUGGGUUUAAUUUACUUAGUUCUUUUCGUACAAAGUCAUAAGAUACACCUACUAGUUGGCAACUGUUCGGGGUGACGCCCUUAUUAAUAUAAUAUCUUUAUUUACUACAAGUACAUGUACAAGGUAUACAGUCCUAGCUGACAACAAUGACAUACUACUAUAUAGAAAGCCCCUUGUUAUGCUCCACAUGUCGGGCAAAUUAGGUCAGUGUCCCAGGAUGCGACUCACACCAGUCGACUAACACCCAGGUACCUAUUUUACUGAUGGGGAACAUAGACAACAGGUGGAAAGAAACACGCCCAAUGUUUCUACUCUGGCUGGAAAUCGAACCCAGGCCCUCUCCGUGUGAAGCGAGUGCGUUAGCCACCAGGCCAUCAGAGUCUGUGCUAAAACAAGUUUACUUACUAUUGUUGAUAUCACAAAGUGUAGUACGCAUUGAAACAAUUUGCCACUUUAUCUGUCUCGUGGCAUUCUCCGUGUCAGAUCUAACUGUGGGUAUAUGGCUAUAUGCCAAAUGUUGUAGUUGUUGCCAGAACUUUCUGGGGUUAUUCUUGUACUCUUCGAUUUUUGAGCAAUAGUGCCUUGCCUCUACUCCUUUUAUGAGUAUCUAUACUCUGUUCCUAACUCUGGAACUCAUUUAGCGCUGCAAUAUAUUCCUGGUUUAUCUUAAAUCUUUUUAGCAACUGGUCCCUGAAUUUCAUAUUAUCUAAUAUCUCAGUAGUCAUCCAGGGUUCGGUUGUUCAUUUAAUCCUAACCUCUUUAACUGGUGCAAUAUUAUCAAGGAUGGUAGUGAACAUUGUUUUGAAUUUUUCCCAGGCAUCAUUUACAUCCAUACAACUUGUAAUUACUGUCAAAUCACAAUUUUGUAGCCCAUUUACCAUUAUUUUUUUACUGGAGUUUCUAGUUGACUUUAUUUUGACUAUCCUGACUGCACUUAGUCUUCAAUUUAGUUCACUCUGACUGCACGGUAUUGUGUCAUCUCUUUUGUAAAUACAAGAGACAAUUAACAGCAUUGCUUUGCAUCUCCGAUAUGAAUUAUUUAUUCAAUCUGAAAAAAAAUGAUAAAGCACCCGGUACGGAAAAUGUUACAAUUACUUUAAUAUAUUUAUUAUGCCCCCAUACCCAUCCUGUGGGCGGUCAAAGAUUACAAUGGCACAUAAGUGGUCCAGGGACUGGGCCCCAAAUUUUUGAUAGCUAAACAAGUUAGUUAUUUACAUUUUUAUAUAUGGUUACAGUCGUAAUGUGUUAUUUAUGCAGAUAUGAAUUACGUCAAAAAAAUAUUAUCUUAUAUUUUAGCAAGGUAUAUUUGUAAACAAAAUGUUGAAGUGGUUAUGCGUUAUUUACAGUGGGAAAGGCAAAGUAUUUUUCCAGAAUGGUUGGUAAUAUGCCACUGUGGAUAAAAUAUUUUGAUAUUUCUUGAACAUUUCUGAGCGAGUUGUCUCUGUAUUCAUUAAUUCUAUCGCAUCCCAGUACAUAUUAAGGCAAGGUGAGACAAUUAUCCAUCUGGCGAAGUUUACUUUUAGUUUGGUCUACUUCAUCUGGUGGUGGUGAUUUAACCUGCCAGAGAUACUUGUAACCCAGCCGCAGCCGGGCGGUAGUGACAUCCAUGAAUCUGCUUAUUUUGUGGGAUGCCUGGUGGCAAAAGCUCUCUCUUCAUACGGUGAGGGUCCGGGUUCAAUUCCCGGCGAAAUGGUGGAAACAUUGGAUGUAUUUCCUUACACCGGUUGUCUAUGUUCACCACUUGAUACUGGAGUUCCGCAGGAAAGUGUCCUUGGACCCCUGCUCUUCCUCAUUUACAUCAAUGAUCUUCCAAACAUAUCCCAACACCUGAAACCCAUUCUCUUUGCUGACGACACGACUUAUGUCAUCUCCCACCCUAAUCUUGCCACCCUCAACACAAUUGUUAACGAGGAGCUGCUCAAAAUAUCGACUUGGAUGACAGCCAAUAAACUUACACUUAACACUGGUAAAACCUACUAUAUUAUGUUUGGUAGCAGAGCAGGUGUUGCGCAACAUUAACAUUAAGAUCGACAACACUCUAAUUGCCAGACAUAAUGAGGGCAAAUUCCUUGGCCUAUACCUCGACAACAACCUAAAUUUCAGCACCCAUAUCCAACACAUAACAAAAAAAAAGUAUCCAAAACGGUGAGGAUCCUCUCCAAGAUACGAUACUACGUACCGCAAACUGCCCUUCUCACACUAUACCAUUCACUUAUGUAUCCAUACCUCACCUAUGCUAUCUGUGCUUGGGGUUCAACUGCAGCAACACACCUAAAGCCGAUAAUAACCCAACAAAAAGCCGCAGUAAGAAUAAUCACUAAAUCCCAUCCCUGGCAACCUUCCCCCCCCCUCUUCAUAGAUCUAAACUUACUCCCUGUUUAGAACAUCCACACUUACUACUGUGCAAUCUAUAUCAACAGGACCUUAAAUUCCAAUAUUAACCUUGACCUAAAACACUUUCUUGAUAGUUGUGACAGGAUCCACAGGCAUAACACCUGACACAAACAUCUCUGUGACAUUCCCCGUGUUCGACUAAACCUUUACAAAAAUUCAAUGUAUUUUAAAGGACCUAAAAUCUGGAACACCCUACCUGAAAACUCUAGAACUGCAGACACAUUCAUCACUUUAAAAACUACAGUUAGAAAACAUCUUAUCUCCCUGAUCCACCCCGACAACUAACUACAUGAUAACCACCUGGUGGCUCAAAAUUACACUCACUCACCCACUGACUAUAAACCCAGAAAUACUAAUCUUAAUCUUAAAAUAAUGAAUCCUAACUAGUCAUAAGUUUGCCUAUGAUACUCAAAUAUAGACACCUUGUAUUGUGCCAAAACAAAAGCAUUCACAUUGCUAAACUCACAAAUUAUGAUGUAGUCACUUAGCCUUAAUACUAUAAUCUGGAAGGAUUUAAUGUUAAGAAUUAAUCUAAGUCUGCUCGAAAUGCUUAGCCAUGCUAGGUGUCCUAGUGGCCCCCAUCUGUAAUUAGUAUUUUAUAACAUGUAAACCACAAAAUACCCAAAACCUGUAUACCCCACAUUGUAACCAUUAUAGAGAAUAAACUUGAAUUGAAUUGAAUUGAAUCAGUAAAAUGGGUACCUGGGUGUUAGUGAUGUGGGUCGCAUCCUGGGACAAAAACUGACCUAAUUUACCCGAAAUGCUCUGCAUAACAAGGUGCUUUCUAUAUAAUAGUAUGUCAUUGAUGUCAGCUAGGACUGUAUACCUUGUACAUGUACUUGUAGUAAAUAAAGAUAUUAUAUCAUUAUAAUCUGACUGGUGUCACUCUACCUCAGUCUCAAAUUAAUGAAGCUAUUUUCUUAUUAUUGUUCUCGAACUACUAAUUGACAGCCCAAGAUUGUAACUUACCCCGUCUUUGAAAGUAUUUGACUUUCCAGUUCAUCAGUUCUCUCAUGUAAAUGUUACGUAUGUUACUAUAUAUAAUUGCUUUUAUGUGAACCUGUACCUAAAUAAAAUUAAUUACUAAU